AAUGCUUUCUAACGCCGCUACUCAACAAAAGUUUUCUAGCUUGAGAAAAAGACUUGAUCAAUUAGGUUAUAGACAACCUCUAGGAAUUGAGUCAUUGCCUUUGGUAGAACGACUUUUCGCGGAUCUUUUACAUACCACUGACUCCCUGAAACAAGAGAGGCAAUCGAAAUCAAACUCUUUUAAAGAUAGCAACACUUCAGGAGAAGUUUCAGAAAUUUUACAACCUUAUAAGAGUGAUAAUGCAAAGUUAGUACGAGAGACUAACGAACUUCACAAAGAGUUAAUAACAGUCAAAGAUCAAAGUGAUAAAGCAAUCAAAGAGCUAAAAGCAAAAUUUAGGAAAUCCGAAGCUGAUAGAAAAGAUCUUUUAUUACUAAAUAAUCAGUAUGUAAUAAAAGUUGGAAAUUUAGAAAGAGAAUCAAAACAGAAGAGCGAUAAGAUUUUAAGUCUUCAAGAAAAAAAUAUGCAUGCUGUGGUCCAGACUCCAGGUGGUCGGAAAAAGAAUAUACCUUUUAGAAGACAAAGAAUGGAAAUAGAUUGUCUUGUUCCAGAAGCACCUGUUAAAGCGUCUGAAACGUCCCAAAAGACCAUUGAUCUUUUAGAGUUGGCCGAUAGACAAAUUUCCUCACUAACUUCCCAAGUAAAAACAGUUCAAGAUGAAAAACAAGGUUUGAAAGAUAAGAUCGACCUCUAUCGAAAUCAGAUUGAAGAAAGGGAAAAAGAAAUUGAUCGCUUAUACAAUCAGUUGCAAGGUGGAAGACCCUAUGAUGUUGUCGCUCUCGAGGCCAGGAAUAGAUCUCACGAAAGACACAUAGCUCAUUUGAAUAUUCAAUUGGAUUAUUUACAACAGAAAAAUGAUGAACUACUGAAUCAGGGACAAAAUGGUACGCAACAAAGAGAACUAUUAGACAAUGAAGUUCCUACUAGAGAUUCAUGCACUCUUGUUAGUGAACUGGAUAGAACAAAGAAAGAGUUUGAGAUAUUAAAUAUAGAGAUCGAACAUUUAAAAGCUGAAAAAGAUGCUUUGCUCGCUGAAAUGAACGAAUCAACAACAAAAUGUAACGUAGAAAUUAUUCGCAUGACUGAUCUGUUAGAAAAGGUUCAAGAGGACAAAAAAAAUCUUAGCAGUAAAAUUACAAAACUAACAAAAAGUGAAAAAGAUCUUAUCAUGGAAAUCGAACGAUUGAAAAAACAAAGAAUAAUACCAAAAAAUGACAGAAAUAGUAAUAAGAAUUAUGAAAAAAUUAUUAAAAGUACUGAAGAAGAGAGGGAUUAUUGGAAAGCUGAAGUUGAAACAUUACAAGAUAUUAUGAAGAAUGUUUCCUAUGCACCAAUUGAUACUUCCCACUCUUUAUCUAAUAAAAACACGGAAGAGGAAAUGAAACAAAUAGAAGAUGAGCGAAAUUUUUACAAAAGUGAAUACGAAUUAUUACGAUCAACGAAAGCAAAUUCGCCAUCACCAGUGAGGACAAAUACAUCUUCAACAACACAGGUUCGUUUGGAUAGUGUAAACGAUGAUAAAAUUAAAACUGACUGUUCUCUGUCUGAUUCUAUUGAAGUUGCAAACAAUAAUUGUCAAAUGUUGAUAAAUGAAAGUUUCUUAGACUUACCUGCAAAAUUAGUUGAUUUUAAAAUCUUGGAAAAUUAUGGAAAUUCAAAUAAAGAGGCAUUACUUAGUAGUCAACUGGGUCGAAUAGUGCCAGAAGUCGAAAAUUUAGAGAGAGUUUUAGCUCUAAAGAUAAGAAUCAAAAGAAGUCAGCUCAAACAGUAUAUUGAACAAGAAAAGGAAUUAGAAAAAGUGAAGGAAGAACGAGAUAAGUUACAAAAAGUUCUAAAUACUUUUGAGGAGCAUAUGGCGGAAAUUCAAUCAAAUGUUAAAGUUCUUACAACCGAAAGAAACAAAUUUUUGGAACUAUACAACCAAACUAAAGCAGAAAUCGAUACUAUGAAAGAUAACAGUACUUCAGCUAGAAGCCCCAAGGCUACAUUAGCUACUCAAGCUGUUUUUAAACGUGUUGAAUUGGAGAGAGACGAAUCUCUUGAAGAAUUAAGAAAGAUUACCGCAGAAUGCGAGUCUUUAAAAGAGCGACUCCAAAUUGCAACAGAAACUCAAAUUGCAGAGAAAGCAAGACUGGAACAGAAAAUUAAUGAUCUUCAAUCCAGUUUGAGUAUUGCUGAAUUGAAAGCAAAUGAAGCUGUUAGCGCUUCCAGCGGAGUUCAAAGCCUAAUUGAUUCCUUAGAAAAUAAAUUACGUGAAGAGGGAGAAUCUUUAAACUCACAUAAAACUAGAGCAACCCAAAUGCGUUUGUUGGCUGAAAAUGCUGAGAGAGCCGCUAACGAUGCUGAAAGACAAUUAACACGAAUAGAAGAAGAAUUGAAAAGCGAAAGAGAACGAUCAAAACAAUUAGAACGUGAAUCCACUGCUUUACACACCCAGUUAAACAGUGAGAGGGAAAAAUAUCAAGAGCUUCGCAAUACCGUCGCUGCUCUAGAUCGAGAUAAGGAUACCAUUCAGUCAGAUGCUGAUCACAAAACUGAGCUAAUUUUAUCGUUAAAAGAAGAAGUAAUGAUUAAAGAUAGGGCUUUGGGAGACAUACAACUAACUAUUAGUGAAUUGGAAGGUCAACUGUCUCGCACCAGAGAAGAUUUCAUGUCUAAGGAUCACGAAAUAAGGUCUCUAAAAAAACAAUUAGAUGAUGCUUUGGUAGAAUUGAGCGAAGUAGAAAGGGGUAGAGAUAUUACCAUUAAAGAGAAUCGGGCUUUGCAUAGUGACUUAGCAACAAUGACUAAAGAGCAUCAAUAUAUUCAAAAUCAAUUAGACCAAUUCCAAGUUGACAAAGAACAUUUAAAGGAUGAAAUAAAAAAUAAUAUGACUCAAUUGAAAAAGGCCGAAGAGCUGCUUAUGGUAAAAGAAAGACAAAGAUCAGACCUUUUAGAACAAUACAAAGCGCUCUCUGCUAACGCAGAAGGAAAUGAAACUGCUAAGCAUGAAUUAGAGAGUUAUAAUUCGUCCCUUCGUCUUGAGAUCAUGACCAGAGAUGCAGAAUUAAGGCGACUUAAAGAGCGUUGCGAUGUUCAAGACCACCAACUGCAAGAGUUAACACAUGUGGAAGCUUCAUACGAGGCUCAGGUAUCACACUUAUCAAAAUCUGUUGGCCAUUUAGAAGAAUGUGUAAGACAAGCCGAGAAUGAUAAAAGAGCAAUGUCUAGCGAUUUAGCUGCAGUGAGAGAACUUUGUGCUAAACUUGAGCUAUCAAAAGAUCAACUACAAAGACAGUUAGCAGGCUUAGAAAGUCAAAGAGAUGUAUUUGGUCAUAAUAUUGAUGACGUUCAACGUGAAAACGAUGCUCUCCGAGAACAAAUAAGAUGUGAACAUGAGUCCGUUACUAGAUUAGAGAGUUUAUUGAGUACAAAUAGAGAAAAAGAGUAUCAAACGCAACUGUUCCAUCACGAAGCUGAAGCAGAAAUUCUUAUGUUAAAGGACCGCUUGGCGUUGUGCGAGAGCAAAUAUGAAAGUCAAAAUAAGGAAGUCGUGUCUCUACGCUCUAAAAAUAUCGAAUUGGAAGGCGAAAUUGAUAAGCUCAAGAGGCAGGUCACAAAUGAGAAAUUUGAACGUGAAAGGGCUGCUCAAGAAUUAAGAAGACAUGGUAUAGUUGCUCCUGGAGAUAAAUCAAGGUCCCCAGGUUCAAAAACACCCGUUUCUCAAAACUUCCCUGAUAAUAAGGAAAAUGUACAGCAUUCUGUAUAG